AUGGACAUUAUACAACAUGACUCUACCGACCCCGAACAAUGUUUCGGCAGUAAAACUCCGGACUCAACUCCUGCGGUAUCCUCUAUAGCUUCAGUAAUAGUUCUGAACGACUCAGCUGUGGACUCCUCGAAAGACUCGCCCGACUGGAGCGACGCUGGUCCUGAACAUAACGCGACAUCUGUUAAUAAAACUAGUGCAGCUCAUGCAGGUUCCACGACGACGGUUUCUCUCGUUCCUUCUCUAGCUUCGAUAGUAGGAAGCGACACCGCGCCUCUAAUCCCUGCGAGUGAAAUAAUAGAUUUGACUACUGGUAAUGGUUUGCCGCGAGUACAUAUCGAUGGGGCGGUGAACGAAAGCGAUGUUAUAAUAGCAACAGGAUCGCCCUCUAAAGGUUCGCGUGUGAGCUACGAUGCGCCAAGAACAAUCAAUAAAGCAUUAGCGAAUUCCCCUAGCACUUCUUUUAAAUUUGAAUACUCUUCGUCAGCGCUCGAAAAGAAGUCUUCUAGUUCUGACACACCGCAUGCUACCCGCGUUUCUCCUCGUCUCGAAUGUGACGUAGAUCCUCAUAUUUCACCAAAAAUCCGCAAAAAUGAUAAAUCAAAUAACGGACAACAACUAGAAUCUACAGGCAAAAUAAACUGCACUGAUCUUGUCUACGAAAAAUCUAAACCUAUUCAAUGUACUUGUAAUAUAACGUCCUCCUUGAACACUACACGUAAAUAUAAAACCUCUUCUGUCAAACGCGGACGUAACUUAGCAGCGCCAUCUAUCACAAUCCGCGAUGAAACGCUAGCUCCUAUUCGUGAAAACGAUAACAUUAAACAGCCAAUCACUUCAACUCUAGACACUGCAACGUUAAUAAAGAGUGAAAGUGAUAUGCCUUCUUUAGUUCUGCGUAAUACUUUAGCGCCGUUUGUGACGAAUAAAACUGAUAGAAACGCUCCAUCUAAACAGAAUACCAACGCGCGUUCUACCAAAAAGAGCCACGAUCCAUCGAACACGCGUAAAUCUUACACUCGUUCGACAGAUCGUAAUAUACAAAGAGAUCAUGUUUUAUUAUCACCUUUAAAAUUGAAUAAACCCGACAUAAAAAUUACUAAAGACGCUGUAGAAUAUUCUACAUUUGAACGAGAACGUGAUAUACUGUUUUCUCCAAAAAUGUGUCACGAAUACGAAGCAGCAGCGGCUAUAGCCGAAGCAUCCAAGAGUUCAUACACCCCAUCCAUGUCGGAAGAUCGCGACGACGUAGCAUUAUCGGCAUUAUUGCAGUAA